UCGACCCGCGUGUAAACACGGAAGCGCGAAGGGUUUUUUUUUGCCGCUGUACAGCGAUCGUGAGGAUGGCGCUGCUCCUCCCCGCCGCGUUCUUCGCGUUCUCUUUGCUCCUUGAAGGCGGCCACUGCGGGCUCGUGAACGUGACGGACAGCGUCUUCGGGCAGAUCGGCCGCGGCUCGCUCGCCGCCUUCGGCGACUUUAAUUCGGACAAGCAGACUGACGCGUUUAUUGUCACCGACAAGAAGAAUGUGACCAUAUUGCUGUCUGGAGGAAAGAAAACGUACUUUUCAAAAUACCUCUCCUUCGCCGCUACAGACAAUGAAAUUGUGACCAGCGUGGUACCAGGUGACUACGACGGGGAUUCGCAGAUGGAUCUUCUCGUCGCCACCACAACGCUCGAUAAUGCAUUUCAGCAACUCACCGUUUAUUGGGGAAACCAAGGGAAGACAGAAAACCACACGAAACUGGAGCAGCUAUUUAAAGACGAGCCCCUCGUAUUAGACUUUGAUGGUGACAUGAUACCAGAUGUUCUGGGAGAAAUUAAGGGAGAAGAAAAGAGCUCAAUUUGUUUCCUGAAAAACAGAUUGGUGAACUGCGUGGAUGCUCUCCAAAGCAGCGGGCGCUUUGCCAAUCCACACUCUCAUGCCUUCUUGGACCUAAACCGAGACUUCACCGCAGAUUUAUUUCUCACCAACCAAGAUGGCCAUCAAGUCAAGUAUGACAUGUGGUACAACGUGAAUGGAAAUUUCACGUACGGCCAGAGUCUGCCUCCUCCAGCGGACUUAAAAGUCAUCGGGCAGUCGGCGUUUGCUGAUUUUGAUGGAGAUGGAGGUCAGGACCACCUGCUCCCAGGCUGCACGGACAGCGAAUGCCACACGAGCGUCAUUUACCUCAACAAGCCCGGCUCGCAAGUGUGGACCAACGUGUCGGGCAGUUUCCGCAACAGAGACGUGGACUGGCGCUUCAAAGGGGUGAAGGCCAACGAGAGCCCAACAGGAUUCGGCCUGCCCAUCACGCUGCACAUGGGAGACUACAACAUGGACGGUUUCCCCGACGUCCUGGUCAUACUCGUCAACUCCUCUGAUAGCUCACGGACCGCGUUUCUGCUGGAGAACGUGCCCUGCACGGAGCCCAGCUGCAGCGCCGCAGGACGGAUGCUGCAGCCCCUGUGGGACCUUCCCGAGCUGACCCGGCUGCCCAACGCCUUGGUCGCCACGUUCUUCGACCUUUACGAAGACGGCAUCCUGGACGUGCUGGUUAUGGGAGGAGACCUGUCUCUCUACGCGCUGCACAAUUCCUUUGAAUCUGAUGCAUAUUUUGUGAAAGUCAUCGUGCUCAGCGGGCUGUGCUUUUCUUCCUGCCCAACGCACACCCAGCCGUUCGGCGUGAAUCAACCGGGUCCCUACGUGCAGUACACAUCCGUGGACGCCAACGGCUAUCAGAAAAAUGCCUCUGCGGGACAGCUGAGCCAGUCGGCGCACCUCUCCCUGCAGCUGCCGUACGCCGUUCUGGGCCUGGGCCGCAGCGCCAACUUCAUCGACCGCCUCGCCGUCGGCAUCCCCCGCCCGCCCGGGCAGCAGGAGCGGCGGCGGCAGGAGUGGACGUCGAUCAUCCCCAACUCGCAGCUCAUCGUCAUCCCCUUCCCUAACGACAAGCCCAGGAGCUGGAGCACCAAGCUGUAUCUGACUCCCAGCCAAGGUUUGCUGACGGGCAUUGCCCUGCUCUGCAUCUGCAUUGCCAUCCUCAUCAUCAUCGGCAUCCUGCACUGGAAUGAGAAGAAAGCAGACGAUAAGGAGAAAAGGCUCGAGGCUCACCGAUUCCACUUUGAUGCCAUGUAGACGCAGCGGCGACCUGCACACUCAACACGAACGCACUUCACGACACUCCCCACGCGUCGCCGUGUCACUUGCUCCAACCGUAGCGGCAGGUUUCUGGGAUGGCAGGUGACAACAUCCAGCCCCGUUCGCUACUUGGUUUCAGGCCGGCUCAACCUAAGGGCGACCCAAGGCCAGGUCUAGACACCCACCGGUAGCUCACUCGCUAACAGCUGCACCGCCGCUCCCCACGUAACCCACACGAACACAGCACGCAAUUAGUAGCGCGCACACGCACACACAUUCAUCACAACUGCACCCCUCAAUUGUUGUUUUAAUACGUUACAAUUGGUGACCGGGGUGGGGGGGGGGGGGGGUCCUAUUCAUUUUGUUUCUUCUUUAAUCCCCGAACCAAACGGCCUCUGCUCGAACCCCCCCCCCCUCUCCCCGGAGGUUAAAGCCGCGUACACAAGUGAGCGGGUGCCCCGUGGGCGCCCUCGACACCUCUCGAUUGAGUGGACCGGUGGGGAGGGAGCGGAGGAGGGGAAGCGGUGCCGCGCUCCACGCCGACGCGCGACCCGGGCUGGCGCCCCUCGCUGCCCGCGAUACCGCGGGCUUGAUCCGUCGACGUGACUCGUGCGAUGCACGUGACGCGACGGCCGAGCCCGCGGGCCGGCGCCUGCCCCCUUAACACCGAGAGAGUAUAGAGAUGCGCUUGCAUAAAUCCACGAGCGUUAUCGCCUUAACGGAUUUUUUUUUCGGGCGAGUGCUGUUAGCGAGCACCUAUGAAGUCCGGCACGUUGCACGAGGGGGUGGGUGGACGGCACCACGCCCGACCGCCUUUGUCUCCCCAGUGACGAUGUUUACACAACGCACCAGGUACUCAUUUGAGGCUGAGCCGACCUACGGGAGGUCCAGGACCGGUUCAGAUAAUCGUAACCGGUGGUGGCCGUGUCGCCAGGUUCGUAGCGCAGCGCGUUAGGCACCCACCGCUCCCAGCCACCUUAUAUCGCACACGCAAACACACACUUAUACGACGUGCACACGCAUGGGCUGAUUCAAUACUCGUUCAGUGUCCAUUGUUACGUGGGCAAGGGCUGUUGGGGGAUCAUGCAUUUACUUAAAAGAUGGGUUCUUUAAAAGGAGUUAUUUGAAUAAAUGUCGACAGUUCCACAAAUUAGGCACCCUCGCCGUUUGCGCAAAUACAGGGUGUAAGUUUUGAAGUUAAUUAUCAAGUUUUACUGAAUAUGGAUCAUUGACUACAUAAGUCAGUGGUUUGAAGCAGACGUGAAACUCAACUGACCAUCGUGCCAGCGUAGUUGAAAUGGUUAAAUAUUAUCUGUGCAUUGGACAGCAUGAUAUUUUAUGAGCAAUUAUGAAAACACUUCGACAAUUUAUUUCCGUAUAUGCCCAAGUAAAAAUCCACUUCUGUUACACGAAUAGUGUGCCAUUGCUUUGGGGCAGCAGUGGUAAUAACACGGGAGCCUCAACGAAAAUGUAUCCUGAGUUCGAUUCUCAGCUCGGGUGCCGUUCUGUGUGGAGUGUGUCCGUUCCCCACCUGUUCUGCAUCACUCCCUCUGGCCUCUCCUCCGGUGUAACUCCUGUACCAUGCAAAUUGGUUUUGUUCAAGCGUCCCAAUGCCGAAAAUACAGACCUGCACAUUACAGUGCUGUCCUCAAUUGCAAUUGCACGCAGCUGUGACAGCGCCCCCUACUGUGGCAGCCUGGCAGAACCUUCUUGACGAAGUGUCGAGGCUCGGUGAGGAUUUCCGUAACGCGAAGCAAAUCUUUCUGUUUGAAAUAUACGCCCCGAAUUGUGGAAUGUGGCAAUGUAUUGGCGAGAGAAAGGCAUGUGUUGACUGGAUGACAUUGCUUGUUAUUCCUGAGUAAGGCAAGGCCAUUGGAAUCUAUCGGGUUUCUUGUGGGUACCAUUAAUCCCUUUGUUUUGGAAUGUACGCAUGUUGUAUAUGUGCUGUGCUAAAAUCAGGAUGUAUCAUUUAUUUCAAUCACAUUUUAAUUUUGUAAAUACUGUACGGUAACUUAAUGGUGUGGUGUACGUACAAGUGCCAGUAAAUGUUGGUGACAGUGACUGUAAUUAUUUCCGUUCGCCGUUUGUCCCUGUGUGUACAAUUACAACAGAUGAGCAUUGUAAUUGUUGUUUUACGACUACUGAUGCAUUGUUUACAUUCAUUGUGUUCUCAUUUUAAUUGGCACCUUCCCCGGCUUUUGGGAGUGCGUUCAAA